CCAACCCCCGCCCCCCCCCCCUCUCUCUCUCUCCCCAACCAAACCCUAAUUUCGAACCAACUCGAGUUUCCAUCGAGUUCUGCUGCAGCCGCCGCCUCGCUUCCCCGGAGGAAUAAACGUUUGAUUUUGGUUGGUAAAGGGGGUGAUCUGGCCCUGGAAGUUCGAGAUCCGGACAUCUCCUCCACGGGAUCUGAAGAAAUGGUGGUCAAUGGUCGGCCGGUGAAGAGAGCGAAGCGCCGCAUCACGGCGGAUCUGUACGACUUCUUCGACGCAGCUGCCGGCGAUCUCGGCGGUCCGUUUCGGACAAACGUACAGGUCUUCCUCUCCCGACACGCCCGCCUUCUACCGCCGCCGUCGAUCCUGGCUCCGUCGCCUUCUCAAGCUGGCCAACUGCUAACAUGGCGAGUCGGAUUUGGACUCGGGGACGCCGCCGCGUGCGACGACGUGGAGGCUUUAUCGCCCGCCGGUUCUGCUGCAAAGGCUACGGUGGAGCUCGAUGUUGUUGAGGAGGACGUAUUCCGAUCCAAAUCGGUGUACUGCGAUCACUGCCGAGUUGUGGGUUGGAGUUAUCACCCAGUAUGCAGGAAGCGUUAUCACUUCAUAAUCCGGAAUAAUGCUAAUCCAUUGUCUUCCUCACAUCAGAAGUGCUUGUGUUGUGGAGCAUUAUUGCAGAGGAUGGAUUCACGGUGUCAUUCAUGCAACUAUGAUGUUACAGCUGAAAGCAUGGAAGAUUGGGCUCAUCAUCAGCUGGAAGAUCCGACGCAUUUGCUGCAUGGAUUAGUGCAUGCUAAUGGCUAUGGGCAUCUGCUUAGAGUGAAUGGCAGAGAUGGUGGUUCAAGGUACUUGACAGGAUCUGAUAUUAUGGGUUUCUGGGACCGAUUGUGUAGAAUGCUUCGAAUCAGGAAAGUUACAGUUAUGGACAUAUCUAAGAAACAUGGGAUGGAGUACCGCCUCCUGAACGCAGUGAUUUUUGGCCAGCCAUGGUAUGGGAAUUGGGGCUAUAAAUUUGGAGCAGGCAGUUUUGGAGUCACCUCAACAGCCUAUGAAGAAGCUAUCAACACCCUAUCCAAUCUACCCUUAUCCAUCUUCUCCCACUCCAGAUCUCAACACACCACAUUACACAACACGGUGGCAUUAUAUUGCUCCGUUUCUGACAAACAAUUGCUUACCUUAAGGGACCUUCUCACCUACAUCAAUCAGCUUCAAGCCUCUCAUGAACGCCAACACCCUAUUUCUUCCCCAAGGAAGAAAUUUCAACGAAUUGUUUCGAUGGGGGCUUUGAGCUCAUGGUCUAAGCAGGAUAUCGAGAGAGCGGAGGAGGUCAUGGUGAAGGUUCUUCGGGCGGUUGGGAGAUCACAAUGGGUUGCUUGGCGAGCCCUAAAAGGCGCCGCAAGUGGCUCGGUGGAAUCUCCGGGACUCCUCGAUUGCUGUCUUAAAGGGCUUAGUGGCAAGCUCACGGAUGACCAAUUGGUAGUCCAAUCACGGUUCAACGAUGAGACAAAAUUGCUUGAAUCUUAUGAUCAAUUGAUUGCUGAUGUGCAAAGGAGAGUUGUUAAAUUGUCUUCUGAUCAUCUCACAAGACACUUGAAAUACUUAUAUGAUGGAAUGCUUGAUCCAACAACCAUGAUACAGUUUAAGCAUAAGGAAGCACGGGAUUCUAUUCUCCGUGCUGCGAGAAAAAUUCUGGACUGCAAGCAUUUUGUCAAACAUUAUGAUGAACAUUUUAAGCCUUUGUCGCCGUCUUCAAAUCCACAUGAAUUGCAUAUUUGGUGUAAGGUGGAGCUAUUUGAUGAGCCUGCAGACUACACUUCUCCUCCGCCCGAACUCGUGGUUUUGCCAGCCAAUGCCACCAUUGCUGACCUCAAGUUGCAGGCUACAAAAGCGUUCAGGGAAACUUAUAUCGUCUUUCAAAGGUUCCAACCUGAGCAGGUGGUGGGAUACAACAAAGUUCUGGAGCCUAAGAUCAAGCAACUAAUGGAUGAAAAUGGUGUGGUGGUGAUUAGGGGAAGGUGUCUGGCAGGAGAUGGCAAGCUGGGCAGAUUCAGGAUGGAAAGGGGAAUUGAGAGUUGGGAGGUGGACUGCACCUGCGGAGCAAAGGAUGAUGAUGGCGAGAGAAUGAUGGCGUGCGAUGUGUGCGGCGUUUGGCAACACACGAGAUGCACUGGAAUUGAUGAUGAGGAGAAGGUCCCAGAUAAGUUCAUUUGUAUAAAGUGUACAGGAUGCUGCUUAACUUCGCCGACGAUUGGAGACUAGAUGUGAAAAAUCUUUCUGAUGGAAGGGGGUAAUGAAAAAUGAUUAAAUUUUAGUAGAAGAAUUAGUUGGGGGGGUACCUAAGGGAGAGCUUGGGGCUGUAGUUUGUUUUGCUGCUCCUGUUGUAACUACAUAACAUGACUUGGGGGCUGCUGCUCCAACGGGAACUUUCAGCAAUAGUUUUUUGCUGGGCUUAGAUUUCUUUCUAUGUUUGGACAUGCGCCAUAGAUUUUGA